GGUGCUUCUGUUUCUAUGACUGAUUUAUUUGUAGCUUUAAAUAAAGAAAACCUUCAUUUGUAUGUUAGACAGAAGGAAGAACCAACCUCACAUUUAUAUUUCCAGGAAGAAGGCGGGCUUUAUUCUGAGGCCCCAACAGGAAACAAACAGUGGUCAGAUGGUGAAGUGGCACCAUGAUGGAAACAUCUCUACAACAUCUGCUCUUUUCCUGUUUGCUGGUUUGCUGCAUAAAUAAUGAAGUCCUCCCAGCUGGUCUGACUGUGAGUCCCAGCAGAUCUCAGUUCUUUAAAGGAGACUCUGUGUCUCUGAGCUGUGAGGAGGACAACAUCUCUGCUGGAUGGACUGUGAGGAGAAACACAACCAAAGAAACCAGAACUCAAUGUGGAACAGACUGGGGAGAACCAGCUGGUUCUACCUGUACCAUCAGCAGCUUGUACCCAUUAGACACUGGAGUGUACUGGUGUGAGUCCAGAGAGGGAGCAGCCAGCAGCAGCAUCAACCUCACUGUCUCUGGUGGAUCAGUGAUCCUGCAGAGUCCUGUCCUCCCUGUGAUGGAGGGAGAUGACGUCACUCUGAGCUGUCAAACAAAGACUCCCUCCAACCUCCAAGCUGCUUUCAUUAAAGAUGGCUCCCUCAUCAGGACUGAGCCUGCAGGUCACAUGACCCUCCACCAUGUGACCAGCUCUGAUGAAGGUCUCUACAAGUGUUUCAUCAGUGGUGAUGGAGAGUCUCCAUCCAGCUGGAUCUCUGUCUCAGAAAAACCUUCAACCACCACUGCUACUGACGUCACUGUAGCUCCUCCCCCUAUCUCAGACCCCUCUGGUCUUGUGUUGAGGGUGGUCUGCCACCUGGUGGUGUUCUGUCCAUACUUCAUCUCCACUCUCCUCAUGGUGUCUUUGUAUCGACAAAGAUCCACAGGUAGAGACCGUCCUGUCUCCAUGGUGAUAAACGAGACUGAGCAGGGAUUGGAUGAAAACUAUGAUGACAUCAUGACUGUCGUCACAACAGAGCAUCACUUCUGAAAUGAUUUUGUCUCUUUGAAUCAGAAAUUAUUAAAACUAACGAGGAAACUUGAAUAUUGAGCUUUU